UUAUCAUCUUCGUCUCCCAAAAGAAGCUUCGAAACCAUUGAAGCAGCAACAAUGAUACUACGUCGUUUCAUCUGCUACAACGCUUCUUCAACUGUUUCAUCUAUAGCUCCGUCUCCGAAGAAGAAGCCUCUCAUCUUCUUAGGCUCUCCUCAGGUUUCUGUGACUGUGCUUGAAGCUCUUUUCAAUGCAUCUGCUGCACCAAACUCUUCCUUUGAGGUUGCAGGCAUUGUUACACAGCCUCCAUCAAGGAGAGAUCGGGGUAGAAAAGUGUUGCCUUCGCCUGUAGCGCAAUACGCUCUUGAUAAAGGCUUACCUUCUGAUCUCAUUUUCUCCCCUGAGAAGGCAGGAGAUGAAGCAUUCUUAUCGGCUUUACGAGAGUUGCAACCUGAGCUUUGUAUUACAGCAGCUUAUGGGAAUAUAUUGCCUACUAAGUUCCUUAAAAUUCCAUUACAUGGGACAGUGAACAUACACCCAAGUUUGUUGCCCCUGUACCGUGGUGCAGCUCCAGUUCAAAGAGCAUUACAGGAUGGUGUCCCGGAAACAGGAGUAUCAUUAGCAUUUACGGUGCGAAAGUUAGAUGCAGGGCCAGUGAUUGCCUCUAAGAGGUUCCAAGUGGAUGAUCUAAUAAAGGCACCAGAACUGCUCUCGUUCCUAUUUUCUGAAGGUUCAAAGCUUCUUAUCCGUGAACUUCCCUCAAUAUUUGAUGGGUCUGCAAAAUCAAAAGCAGCUCCCCAAGAUGAUUCUAAAGCUACCUUAGCUCCAAAGAUAGCUCCAGAUGAGGCUUGGCUCUCUUUUGACGAGGAAGCUUUUGUUCUACAUAACAAGGUUCGUGCAUUCGCAGGAUGGCCGGGAACGAGAGCUAAAGUUGUAGUCCUCGAUGACAAAAGCGGUCAGCAAAAUGUGCUAGAGCUUAAAAUCAUGUCCACUCGAGUAUGCAAAGAUCUGGAAAUCCAAGAUGGUGGACAAGAUUAUGUAACUUUCAAGAAAGGUUCAUUGGUGUUUCCCUGUGGAGGAGGUACUGCUUUAGAGGUACUAGAAGUCCAGCUUCCUGGUAAAAAAGCUAUCAACGCGGCCGCCUUUUGGAAUGGCUUGAGAGGUCAAAAGCUGAAGAAGCUAUGAAGACAGAGACUGAAACAAAACUAAGCUUUGGUCAAAUCAGGUGUAGCCACUUCCAAAUUGCUUUUGAAUCACCAAUUACUAAUAUACCCACAUUCUUUGGGAUAACAUGAUCAAAUAGAGCCGCAUUAGCAGCAAAAUGUAAAAUUUGUUUGAUCAAAUUGUGUCUGUUAAGGAACCUAUAUCCAUAAAUUUUGAUCAAUAAAACUGCUCACAAGUGUUCUUAUGCUC